AUGGUUGUAGAUGGCUGCACCCCAUCCAAGGUGGUCACUGGAGGAGGAAUAAGUGAUGCAGCAACGACGUCUUCAACGUCGCUGGUCUACACAUGCUACGGUACCUUCAUGGGUUGGCCUGGAACGACUCUGCCGAUCCUGGAGGCAGAAGAUUCGCCAAUUCCACUCACCCCUGACGAGGGGUCUUGGCUGGCCUCCAUCAACUCACUCACCAUGCUGGUGACUAUAUUUGCCACCGGCUAUGCGGUGGACGUAGUGGGGCGCAAGAAAGUGGCCCUUUUUGGAGCUGGACCUUUUGUCAUCUGGUGGUUGAUGGUGGCAUUCGCCGAUUCCUAUGGAAUGCUGCUCGCAGCACGAGCGAUUGGAAGCUUGGGAGCCGGUGCCAUUAUUACUGCCUUACCUGUUUUUCUGUGUGAGAUAGCCGACACCGAUCUAAGGGGGACGCUAGUUGUGAUCCAUUACAUCCUUAUGCAGUGUGGCACCCUGCUCGUGUAUUGCAUUGGGCCUUACCUAUCCAUCACCACCGUUGCUCUCAUCUGCACCUCAAUUCCGAUAAUCUUCGUCUUGACAUUCAUCUGGAUGCCGGAGUCACCAUACUUCUUUCUCACGCAUCACAGAGAAGCGGAAGCUGUGAAGUGUCUCGAAAGACUCAAAGGCCAGCUAACGCCAGAGGAGCUCAAGUUUGAGCUGGAGUUGUUGUAUAAAGAUAUACGUGAGAAAAAGCAAAACAAAGGAAAGUUCACGGACGUUAUCUUGGUGCCAGUGCACCGCCGGACAUUGCUCUUAGCGAUAGGAUUUAUUCUAUUUCAGAUGUCGGCAGGGUCGACUGCACUCGCCACAUACACGACGUACAUAUUUGAGAAGAGUGGAAGCGAGCUUGACUCGAACAUCUCUUCCAUUAUCCUGACAGUCGUCACGCUUGGUGCAAACGUCGUGUCGUCGCUGGUCGUCGAGAGGUUCGAUCGGAGGCCCCUCUGCAUGGCGACUUUCUCAGUGUGCGCCAUCUGUCUGGCUGCAGUGGGAGCUUACUUCUACGUCGACGACAUCUACGGAGAUGUGCCAACUGCCUUCGACUGGGUGCCACUCGCCGGCAUGAUUGGAUUCAAUAUUUCCUACUCUAUCGGCCUGGCACCAGUGCUGUCCUUGUUUAUGGGUGAACUGUUCCACGUGUCUGUGAAGGGCAUCGGCGUGGCUAUUGGUAUGGUCGUUAUAGCACUGUAUGGCUUCUUCCUCAAGAAGAUGUUCCAGGUGGUCUCGGACGGCCUGGGAGCCUACUACUCCUUUUGGGGUUUCACCGUGAUGUGUGUGGGUGCCAUUAUUUAUGUCUACGCGCUCAUGCCCGAGACGAGGAACAAGAGUUUCGCGCAGAUCAACGAGGAAAUGGACAGUCGUGUAGGUGGAGCAGUCAGCAGUAAUAUGGAUGAAUCUACGAAAGAAUGUCCGAGCUGA